CCACGGAGCGGCGCAGUGUGUGUGUGUGUGUGUGUGUGUGUGUGUCUGCGGGGCGGCUCCAGUUUCAAACACAGCGCCCAUCUUUAACACAACACAACCGGAUAAGCUCCGUCCCGUAGCGAGAUACCGCCGUUCAUGCAUGACGUAAGUCUAGGUAAUGAGGAAAGACAACAAGAGAGAGGAAGGACACACAAGAUGAUCGAAGCAACGGAUACCCAGCGCUGUCUGCAGGCGGUGGAGAGGUUACAGUCUCGCUUGAAAGAAAAGGGAGCAGAUGUUCCUGCUGAGGAGAAGCUGAAUCUUCUGAAGGCGGUCCUGCAGAGUCCUCUGUUUCACCAGAUCCUCGCCCUGCAGAAAUCAGUGCAGCAUCUGAAGGAGCAUGCUUGUAGGAUUCAGAGCACUGUCACCAGGGGAACGGCAGCCGCGGCUACCCCAGGCUUUAAGGUGUUGGCCUAUUGCGAACAGCCAACGGCACGCUGGAAUGUGGCAUACAGCGAUGGAAAGCUAAAGGAAGGAGAUCAGAUACUGGCGAUUAACGGUCAGCUGUUGGAUCAGAGCGUCAGUCACCAGCAGGCCAUCGUUCUCCUGCAGCGAGUGUCAGACUGCGUGAGCCUCACUGUCGCCCGUGGGCCUGUCCCGCAGCUCUCCAGCCCGGUGGUGUCCAGGACUCCCAGUGCUGCUAGCACACUUUCAGCACACUCCAGUACCCACUGGACUCACGUGGAGACGAUCGAGCUGGUGAACGAUGGAACCGGUUUGGGCUUCGGGAUUGUUGGUGGUAAAACCACCGGCGUUAUCGUCAAAACCAUUCUACCUGGAGGCAUCGCUGACCAGGACGGUCGCUUGCGAAGUGGGGAUCACGUCCUGCGGAUCGGUGAUACGGAUCUGUUUGGUCUGAGCAGUGAGCAGGUUGCUCAAGUUUUGAAACAAUGUGGAAACAGAGUCCGACUCCUCAUCAGUCGCGGGACGGUGGAUGAUGCUACGCCCGCUGCUGUCGCCCUGCCGACCGUCACUGAGCAACAGGGUUUUGAGGAAGAGGAACAGGGCGCUUUCGAUGUGAGCUUGACGAAGAACGCUCAGGGUUUAGGCAUCACCAUCGCGGGGUAUGUGGGGGACAAAACAUCAGAGCCCUCUGGGAUAUUUGUGAAGAGCAUUUCGAGGGACAGCGCGGUGGAGCAAGACGGCCGAAUUCAUGUUGGAGAUCAGAUCAUAUCUGUAGCCAAUGUGGACAUCCAGGGUUACACUAACCAGCAGGCCGUGGAGGUCCUAAGACACACGGGUCAGACCGUAAACCUGAAGCUCGUCCGACGCGGCUUUAAAUUGGAGGAUGCAUGUCCGUCAAUCAUACCUGUCGCCAUGGAGACCACACCCACCCUCAGCGCAUCACGAAACUCAACGAUGGAGCGAACGAACACCAAGCACGAGGAAAACGCCACACCGCAGUCUGUCAGCGCUUCGCCCUUCAGAGCUCCAGACAGAUGCCACGGUCCUGUGAAGCUGAGCUCUGAGGAGGAGCACCAGCUAAUGCAGAAGUGGCAGAAUGAACUCGGCGUCUGCAGCGAAGUCAUUGUGGCUCAAGUGGAGAAGUUCAGUGAGAACAGCGGUUUAGGGAUCAGUCUGGACAUGUGUGCCGGUCGUCACAUCCUCCGCUCAGUGCUUCCUGAGGGACCCGUCGGGCGAUCGGGAAAAAUCUGUAGUGGAGACGAACUGUUAGAGGUGAACGGCAUUCCCCUCAGAGGAGAGACUCAUAAAGAGGUUGUUGACAUUCUGAAAGAACUUCCUGUUUCUGUGACCAUGGUUUGCUGUAGACCCGCCCCUCUAAUGACUGACAGCCAAACUGACCAAUCACAGCCAGAGGAUGUGGCCAUUGAUUCCAUAGUUCAGGUGCCGGGUGAGUUUGAGGAUUUCCUGGUCUCUGGUGAAUUAGAGGACAGCCUGAAAGAUCAUGUGACUAAAGAGCCCACCGGAACGCCAUUAGCGAUGUGGGAAACAGAGAUACAGGACAUUGAACUAGAGAAAGGAGAGAGCGGACUGGGCUUCAGCAUUCUGGAUUAUCAGGACCCAAUGGACCCGCUCAAGACAGUAAUAGUGAUUAGGUCGUUAGUUCCCGACGGCGUAGCAGAGCGAGACGGACGCUUGUUGCCAGGAGACCGUCUCAUGUAUGUCAACAACAUCAACCUGGAGAGCGCCAGUUUGGAGGAAGCAGUGCAGGCUCUGAAGGGAGUGAACAUGGGCACCGUCCGCAUCGGGGUGGCCAAACCCCUGCCCACUGAGGAUGAGGAUGGCUCUUCCUCCUUCAUCUUCUCGGCUCUGCUGCUGAUGGAGGGCUGUGAUGAGGAUGAGGAGGAUGAAGCUGUGUUCCGUGCUGAACCUGCAGUGAUCGACUCCAGUGAUUUGGACCUGUCUGAUGAAAAGGCAUUUGAGUGUCAUUUUCUGGAGGAGGAGGAAGAGAUGCUGCAGUCGAUGAUCGCUGAACACGGCAGUAUCUGCAGCGCUGAUCUGACCUAUCAGAAGAACAGACCCGCCUCCACACCGAAGGAGGAGGAUUUGCUUCCAGAUAAACCCGCGGACGAGACCCAGCAGCUAAACGCCGCGGCGGGGAGCAGCUUCGAGAGGACCAUCACUGUGGUCAAGGGCACCUCCAGUCUGGGCAUGACGGUGUGUGCUCUGAAGGACGGUCCCGGGAUGCUGAUCCGCAGCAUCAUUCACGGCGGCUCCAUCAGCAGAGACGGCCGGCUCGGGGUCGGGGACCUGAUUCUGGCCAUCAACGGAGAACCGACGGGAAACCUGACCAACGCUCAGGCGCGAGCCAUGCUGCGCAGACACUCUCUGAUCGGACCAGAUCUGGGAUCCACAGCUGCUGCGGGGGAAGAGCUGAGCCCCGUCUCUGUAAUCACGUAUGUUCCUGCAGAAUAUUUAGAGGAAUACAGGGCGAGCCAGCAGCUCCAGAGUGAUGAUCUCUCUGAUGGCAAAAACAACACUCAACAUCAGACAGCCUCAGAUCUUCCAGAGAGAGAAGAUGGAGAGGGACAGGAGAGUGAACGACAGACAGCAGCUUCCAACAGCUGGAAUCUACCACGGAGAGUGGAGUUGCACAGGGAAGCUGGGAAAUCUCUGGGCAUCAGCAUCGUUGGUGGGCGGGGCAUGGGCAGUCGCCUUAGCAACGGGGAAGUGAUGCGGGGCAUCUUUAUUAAACACAUCCUGGAGGACAGUCCAGCGGGAUGCAACGGCACACUGAAGACAGGAGACAGGAUUUUAGAGGUGGGCGGAGUGGAUCUGCGUGACGCCAGUCAUGAGCAGGCGGUGGAGGCCAUCCGUAACGCUGCAAACCCCGUGGUGUUUCUGGUGCAGAGCAUCGUUCACAGAGACAGAAAACCUCCCGUAGCCCUGCUACAGCUGACGCGCUCAGAGCAACCCCUCCAUCCUUACCCCGAAUCCUGCUUUACAUACAAACCGCUACAGACAUCUGCGCUGGAUGCAGCAGAGGACAUUUCAGCCUUCGAUCUGAAGAGCAGCGGUGAGAAGGCCGUUGACACUCACAGUAGACCUUUCCUCCGUCUGUGUCCAACUAAUCCUUUCACUCCUACACCGUUUAAGCUGUAUCGAGAGGAGGGGAAAAGCUUCUUGUCGCUGCCUGUCGUUCCACAUGUCGGGGAAACCGACUCGGACACACUGACUGAGAUUCCCGACAGACUCGCUCUGCAUAGCGACGGUCCUGAUGAGGAAGAGGAGGAUGAGUACGGAUACAGCUGGAAGAAGGUAACGGAGCGGUACGGUCGUUUACCCGGUGAGCUACACCUGAUCGAGUUGGAGAAGGGUCGCACAGGUUUGGGUUUGAGUCUGGCAGGGAACCGCGAUCGUUCACGCAUGAGUGUGUUUGUGGUGGGAAUCGAUCCCAACGGCGCCGCCGGCCGAGACGAACACAUCGUGGUGGGAGAUGAACUGUUAGAGAUAAACGGUCAGGUUCUGUACGGCCGCAGUCAUCAGAACGCCUCUGCCAUUAUUAAAAGCGCCCCUUCAAGGGUCAAGAUCAUCUUCAUCCGGAACAGAGAUGCUUUGAGUCAGAUGGCAGUCGGGCCGAUGAAGGAGACGGACUCACUGGACGCACACACAGAGGAGGAUGACAGCAGGAGCGGAUGCAUCAUUCAGAGUGUGGAUGAGAACGGAGCAGCUGGAAGGGACUGUCGGAUUGCAGCGGGACACCGGCUGCUCACAGUGGAUGAUGAGAUGGUGCUGGGACUCUCUGUGGAAAAGGUGACGUCACUCCUCCACAAACCCCAGCAAUCCGUGAAACUCACCAUCUGCACUGACUCCGCCUCCCAACCCUCCUCAUCCAAUCAGAUUUGCUCGGGAUCAGACACUGGAAGCAGCCUGCCGCUGGUUUCUCUGACAUCAUCAGAGACAGAGCCAAUCAGGAAUUCCAGCAGAUGCUCCACACCGGCGACACUGGCGUCUGAUCCGGCGACGUGUCCCAUCAUCCCCGGCUGUGAGACCACUAUAGAGAUCAGCAAGGGCAGAACAGGACUGGGGCUGAGCAUCGUGGGCGGCUGUGACACGCUGCUGGGCACUAUAAUAAUUCACGAGGUGUACGAGGAGGGAGCUGCGUCUAAAGACGGCCGACUGUGGGCAGGAGAUCAGAUUCUGGAGGUGAGCGGUGUAGAUCUGCGCGUGGCGACGCACGACGAGGCCAUCAAUGUUUUGCGGCAGACUCCGCAUUGCGUUCGUCUGGCGGUCUUCAGAGACGAGGGUCAGUAUAAAGAGGAGGAGCUGUGGGACUCGCUGAGCGUCGAGCUUCAGAAGAAACCAGGCCACGGCCUCGGACUCAGCGUCAUCGGGAGAAGGAGCGACACAGGGGUGUUUGUGUCGGACAUUGUGAAGUGUGGAGCAGUGGAGACUGACGGAAGGCUGAUGCAGGGAGAUCAGAUCCUCUCGGUUAACGGUGAGGACGUUCGCUCAGCCACACAAGAGUAUGUGGCUGCGCUGCUCAAGAGUUGUGCUGGUCCAAUCCGAUUGGACGUGGGUCGUUUUAAGGCGGGGCCAUUCCACUCCGAGCGCCGUCUGUCCCAGAGCAGUCAGAUCAGCGAGACGGGCAGCGGUAUACUCACUCCUCACUCCAGCUCUGAAACUUUACAGGGAGACGCCGAGAAAACACACGAAUUGCUGGAUAAAGACGUCAGGACGGUUGAAUUCACAAAGGGCCCGUCAGACUCUUUGGGCAUCAGUAUAGCAGGAGGGGUCGGCAGUCCUCUGGGUGACGUGCCUAUAUUCAUCGCCAUGAUGAACCCCAGCGGCCUGGCAGCUCAGACACAGAAACUCUGGAUUGGAGACAGGAUUGUGUCCAUCUGUGGAAACUCGACUGAGGGAAUGACUCACAAUAAAGCUGUUUCUCUGCUGAAGAACACAACAGGCAUCAUACAACUACAGGUCGUUGCUGGCGAUACAACAGUGACUGGACCGUCAGCAGAGCAGACAGCAGGACUCACAGCCAGCAGCAUUUUCCACGAUGACCUGGGUCCUCCGCAGUGUAAGAGCAUUAGUUUGGAGCGAGGGCCUGACGGACUGGGCUUCAGUAUCGUGGGUGGAUUCGGCAGCCCUCACGGUGACCUUCCCAUCUACGUCAAAACCGUCUUCAGCAAGGGGGCCGCGGCAGAGGACGGGCGUCUGAAGCGUGGGGAUCAAGUCAUCGCCGUUAACAGCCAGAGUCUGGAGGGAGUCACUCAUGAGGAGGCCGUCUGUAUUCUGAAGAAAACCAAAGGAACCGUCACACUCACUGUGCUGUCAUGAACACACACAGGUCCUGUAGUUGUUUAGACACUGGAUGACACACUGUGAAUGAUAGAGCUGUUUACUGCUAGUUUGUGGAGAAACCAGCAGACUACUACAAUCUGCCGUACUACGCUGAGAGUGUAGAAACUCAGCUCUACUGCGAUCCACACACAUGCAUUUGUGCUUUAAAAUGCUGAAAUGCUCAUGGCUACAUGGCACAUCUGGUUAUGACAUAUUUUCCCAUCAUUUGAUAAA